GAACAUAUUUCUUUACUCGCGAUCUCUUGCUCGCUAUUCAAAAAACUACGUACCCAGGAAGAAAGAAAGAAAGAGAGAGACAGAGAAAGAGAGACAGAGAAAGAGAGAGUAUCGUCUUGUGUUAUUUAGAAACGUAGAAACGUCGCGUACCGACGGCAACGUAAACGUCAACGAUGUGUUUUCUUGGUGGCGCAGCUGCUACGAGCGCCGCGUUUCCUCAUCCGACGCAUCAUCGAUCGCACGGUCGCCCAUAACCUCAGUACGAUUUGGACUAGCACGUCACAAUUCUCGCGUUUCCUUUUCUUCCACGUCUCGAAAACCUUUCCCAUCGAAACCUUCAAAUUAAGAAAUAAAAAAGAACAAGGAACAAAGGAGAAUAAAAACGGAGAAGAAGAACAAUAAUUUUCGAAGAAACAUUUCUAUCUUGGUAUUUGUUCGUUAAGUGAAAAGAGAAAGAGAGAGAAAGAGAGAAGGAACAGAGAGAAAAAUUCAUCGAAAUUCAUAAAAAGAAAAAAAAAAUAUUUCUACCACCUUUUUUAAAUCUCCCAUUCCCCCUUCCUUCCCUCCCCCACUCAACCCCACUUUUCCUACCGUUCUAUCAUUGACAGUCGUCAGGAAGUCACCUGCAGUGAAAUUCUGGAUCACAGUGAGAAAAACGUCUCGAGGAAUCUACCGCAAUUGUAUAUUCUAAGAAGAUAGAUAAUGUGAAAGUAGAAGCUGUUGGAAUUGAUGCAACAUGCGUUCAACGAUCCGAUUUAUUCCUAACGAUUUCAACAUGGUCUUUCAUCUUACUUCUCAAAAAUGAUAACAUCAUUAUUGAUUUAAAAUCCAUUGAAAAUAUCUUAAUUAAUACUCGAAAUAAAUAAUUAAAUCGAAAUAAUUAAAGUAACUUUAGAUAUCAUUUUUCUAAACAUAUUUCUUUCAGAAAUAAUUUACUUAUAUAGAUAUCUUCUUUCUUUAUUAAUAAUUCGAUAUCAGAAGUAUUCAAAAUAAAAAAAAAAAAAUCUUAAUAAUUACGCAACGAAUUACAUAAUCGUUUAUUAUUAGUCUUACGUGAUAAAGAAAAAGAAAAUGAAAAUAAUAAAAAUAAUAAAAAUAAAUAAAUAGCAAGGAAAGAACAUUAAUGGCAGCUAGAUCGGACGUUUGUGAUCGAUUGCAACACGAUUGCAAAGAUCAUCGAACGAGUUAAUGAUCACGAUCAAAAUAAGACAGCCGGUGAAGAGAAGUGAAAAGAAGAAGGUGGUGGUGGUGGGAGAAAACGAAGAAGCACGAAUGAUCGUAUCUCAUCGAGAACGAGCGCAUCGGCAGCGCAUGCAUCGACGUACGAUUCUCAAGGAAAACGACGCCGAUCGUCGACGUACAACGUCGUCGAUAACGAAGAAAGAAUCGACGACGAACGGUGGUGGUCCGAUACGUUGAAAGAAGGAAAGAACAUGGACAAAAACGAUUUUCUGGUUAAUCUUCAUUAUUUACCUAUCAUACUAUUCGUUUCGCUGCCGGCGGUGUUCGUCCUCACAUACGUCAUAGCGGUAUUAUCUGAUCACGUAGAAGCAGGAUUCCCUUACAUUUCGGACGUUGCUACCUCGGCACCAGAAAGUUGCAUAUUCGCUCAAUUUAUGAACAUGAUUGCUGCACUCAUGUGCUUCGUCAUCUAUAUAAGAUACUCUCAAGUGAAGGAAUGUACUACUGCAUUUCGUCUUCAAGCAUCUCUACCAAGAUGGAAUUAUUGGGCCUUGAUUCUUGGCCUAACAACUACUUUAGGUGUUUCGAUAGUAGCAAACUUUCAAGAGACAUCGGUCAUCGUUGUUCACAUGAUAGGUGCAUUUUUAUGUUUUGGUGGUGGCACGGCAUAUUUUUGGACACAGGCUGUUUGUUCGUUCUACUUGCAUCCCCUUGGAUGUUCUUUAAGAAUGGCCCAUCUUCGAACGGCACUAUCAACUUUUUGCACGGUUUGCUUCUUCGUCAUAUUCAUAACCGGAGUCCUAGCUAGUCUAGCAUAUAAAGGUACUAAUCCUCAGAAAUGGUACAAAAAUGACGGUGGUUGGGAACUUCACGUUGCUAGUACUGUCACCGAAUGGAUCUGUGCGAUUGCAUUUUGUGUCUACAUCUUAACGUUCACUGAUGAAUUCAGAGACAUUAGGAUGAUUCAACCAAAGAUUUUAUGCAAUUUCAACCGUUCAAGAUCAAGUAACGAAGUUCUGAACGAAAGUCAGGCUUCUCCGUUGUAUCAAGAUCAAGGGAGUUCAACAGUUACCUGAUCCCUUAACGGCAGAGGUACCGGUGUCUAUGUGAACCUACUUUCUCA